AUGUGGAGGAACAUCAAUGGAAGAUUUGCCACAAGAUUUUUAUCCACUUCUUCUUCAACCCGUGGUUGGUGGGACCAUGUGAGAACAGCACCAAAGGACCCCAUUGUCAGUGUGAACAAGGCCUUUCUUGAUGACCCUUUUCCCCACAAGAUCAAUCUUGGAAUGGGAACUUACAGGGAUGAUGAUGGCAAACCCUUCAUUCCUCAAUGCGUUCGUGACGCAGAAGCAAAGAUUCAGCGAUGUAAAUUCGAGGAAUCAAGCACUUCUGCAGUCAGUUCAAAAUUUGUUCAGGAGUGUGUAAAGCUGGCAUAUGGAAAUGAUUCAUAUGUUGUCAGAAAAGGAUUGUUUGCAGGAAUUCCGGCUCUGUCUGGAACUGGUGCAUGUAGGCUUUUUGCUGAAUUGCAAAGGCAAUUCUAUCCUGAUUCUCAAAUGUAUCUACCAGAUCCUACCUGGUCAAAUCACCAUAACAUAUGGAGACAAGCUGAAAUUCCAGUCAAAACCUUCCAUUACUACCAUCCAGAUACAAAGAGUUUAGAUUUUGCUGCACUCAUAAAUGAUAUCAAGAAAGCACCAGAUUGUUCUUUCGUCUUGCUUCAUCCAUGUGCCCACAACCCAACUGGUGUUGACCCCACUGAGGAACAAUGGAGAGAAAUAUCAUACCAUCUCAAGGUAAAAAAUCAUUUCCCCUUCUUUGACAUGGCUUAUCAAGGUUUUUCAAGUGGGGAUCUUGACAAGGAUGCCAUAGCACUUCGAAUUUUCCUUGAAGAUGGGCACUUGAUAGGUUGUGCUCAAUCAUUUGCAAAGAAUAUGGGAUUAUUUGAGCAUAAAGUCGGUUGCCUUAGUGUUUUGUGCCAGAAUAUAAAGCAAGUAGCUGCAAUGAAAAGCCAACUGCAGCAGAUUUCCCAUGCAAUGUAUAGCAGCAUUCCUUUUCAUGGUAUUUUACUUGCAACUAUGAUAUUAAACAACCCAGAUAUGCAAGAACUUUGGAGGAAAGAGAUAAAGGUCAUGGCUAAACGAAUUCAAGCAAUGCGAACUACACUGCGGUGUUCUCUUGAGGACUUGGAUUCAUCUUCUAAUUGGGAGCAUAUCACUGCGCAGGUUGGCAUGUUCUGUUUCUCUGGAUUAACCCCUGAGCAGAUUGAACUCCUGGAGAAAGUGUUCCAUAUAUACAUGACCCCUGAUGGAAGAAUAAGCAUGGCAGGUGUGACAACAAGCAAUGUGAAUUAUUUAGCAAAUGCAAUACAUCAAGUGACCAGAAUCAAUGAAGAAGCAUUAAGCUCAUGUUACAAUUAG